ACAGUGAGUGAGUGGCACGCACGAGGGCGGGAAAAAGUGUAAACAGAGGAGUGACGCUGAGGUCCCUUGUUCCGAGGCGUUGUGAUGGUGUUCCAGCCCACCGAGCACAGCAUGAGGGUCAAUGGCGCGCUCCUCCCCAUGUACGCGGGCCAGCAGGUGGUCCUGGCCGGCACGGUGGCCCAGAUUGAUUCUUCGGGUUCCUCGCUGACGGUGAAGGCAAGCGACGGUGAGAUGGUGAAGGUGACCCUGCCGAACCCUCUGCAGGACAACUUGGAGGGCAUGGUGGAGGUGCACGGUGUGGCGCAGGGGAAGCAGGUGAUGGCCCAGAGCGUCAUAACCUUCCCCCAGAUGCAGGCUGAUGACUUUGAUGCGAACCUCUACAAUGAAGCCAUCACACGCAUACACGGGCACACCACCCCAUGGAAGACGGAGUAGCUCUCGCAGCAGAAUGGGAUCUAGUGUGUACCUCUUAAGUUAGUCACCCUUCAAUUAUAUACUCCAAAAGGUU